GCAUUAUGGUAGAUGGAGUUCCACUUCUUCCGUGGAGGUUUCCGGCAGCUGGCAAAAUUCUAACUGUCAAAAGGAUCUGAUUGUUUAUUUAUCCACUGUCCUUCAGACACCAUGGGACGAGGAUACAUAGUGGAGGAGGCUGUGGAAGCAUAUCUAUCGCAACUGUGUGGGUUAACCACUGGUCCAGUUACAGGUCUGCUGGUUGGACAGAGUACAGUCCAGAGGGACUUUGUUGUUCUGGCAUCCCGGACACCACAAAGAGAUGAUUCAACUCCAGCCACUUUAGACUCACUGGACAAGGAGUGGAUCACUGAGCACGCUCGACAGGUGUCAAGGAUGCUGCCUGGUGGUCUGCACAUAUUAGGAGUGUUCAUCAUCACUGAAGGUGACGCCAAGGACAUCCAGACCUCACUCCGACAGCUGCUCCAUGCAGUGGAGAACUUGGUUUCCUCAGAGCAUCUCUGGAGUCCUGCUGAUGAUGAUGUCACCGAACGCAUCAUGCUGCAUGUUAACCGCAAAACUCGAAAAAUUGUCUGCAAAACAUUUGACGUCAAAGAUCCAAAGAGUAUGGCCAAGCCUGCUGACUGGAAGUAUCAGUCAGGCGUUUGCUCCUCUUGGUCUAUGGUAUCUUGUUGUCUCCAUGUGGAUUUAACUGUUCCUCUACCAGACAACAGCUCUGACAUUGAAGUCCUGGAUACAUGCCUGAAGGGGAGUCUAAAAGCGUGGGCGCAGCAGAUAGAGGCUGGAGUUGUUCUGUUUGAUGGAGUCAAGCUGCUCGAGGAUGCAGAAUUCAUGGCAGGACAGAAAAGAAAUGCGAGGCAGAAUUACUCAGCACAGCUGCUCAUCAAGCCCGUGGAUCAACGGAGCCUAGAAGAUGUGACCCAGCCAUGUGGCGGAAGUCUGUCCCUCAGUGGAACGAUCCACAGCCGAGCCUAUGUACACAACAACAAGCCAAAAGCCAAACUGGUGGAAAAGCUGCUGAAGAGGGACUUGGUGUCUACACUGGUUACCAGGGUUCGAAUGCUGGUAGAGGAGCUGCUCGCAUCAGAGGAGUUGAGCAGAGGAGACUCAGAGCGGCUCUGUCUUCCCCAGCGUGUGUUCACUCCCAUUAACACCAGCGGGCCGUUGAGUGUGUGUGACUACCAGUUCAGUGGAGAGGACACAACUGAGCUGACUGAGCGGUUGAAGGAAAUGCUGGACAUCAACGUGACUGGCGAGGAUUUCGACACCAGCCAAGAGAUGGCUCAAGUUACACUGAGGACACACACGCAAGAACUUGAAGAGGAAAGUGCUUCAGGACAGGAGCAGCAGAAAAGCAACUAUUUUGGUGUUGCAAUGGCUUCAGUCGUAGCUCUUCUUGCCACCGCCAUCUCCGUGCUUUAUCUUAAUGAUGUCUGACACCCCAGAAUAAAGUCACUUUAUUUGAAA